AUGAUGAACCUUUUCUUGUUUUUUGUUUUUCUUAAUAUUCAGCUUACACAACAUGCUUCUAUUAAUGAACUAACUAAAAAUGAUUGUACGUAUAAAGAUGGUAGAUUUGGUAGAAUUAAUUUAUCUCAAGUUGGUUUGAAACAUGGGAUACCUGCUUUUCGAUAUAUUCAUAAAGAUGAUUUUUAUUAUUCUUACAAUCCAUGUUAUGCGUUUUCUGAAGAAUCGACUUGUAUUAAUGUAGCUAUAUGUCAAACAUACAAAGAUGAAUCAAUGUCUGUUAUUCUUGGUUAUAAUUCUAUUGUAACAUGGUCAAUAAGUAUGGAUGGAAAAGCAACACUUGUUUAUUCAACAGAUGAUCGUCAAACAAUUGUUAAUCUUGUAUGUUCACAAGAACUUGAUCAACUUAUUAUUAAUGGAGAAUAUGAACAUAAACAUUAUAAUUUAACAUUAUCUAGUAAAUGUGCUUGUUGGAAUGAAUGUUAA